AAAGCCUGUCAAUUGCUGUGACAUGAUUUUCGGAGUAUAUAAAACCAGAUUUUCAGUGACGGAGGAACAGUGGAUGUUUAACUACUGGAUAAACAAAUCAUCGUCAUGGUGUCGCUCUUAUUCCCGACCUAUUCUAGAAUUUGGACCAAUUUUGUGAUUAUUUUCGUACUCUUGACAUCCUCCAAUGGAUUUAGAUUCUUCAAGUCAUCGAAAAAUUCAGUGCAAUCGCUUCAGGACUUCGAUCCGGAUAUCGAACCGUAUGAGGAUCGAGGAAAGCACGAGAGAAAACUAUUUGAUUAUUGGAAGAAUGGAGUGAAGAUCGAUCUUCGGGUGGUGCCAGCGGACAAUGAAACGAGUGGUGAUGAUGAUGAUGAUCAUUUUCCAUUCUUUCCGGCGAAGGAUAUCGGCCGAUGUAUCGUCGAUUUUUCGAUCAUGUGCAUCAGAGAUCGAAUGGCUCGAUAUAUCGUUUCUAUGUCGAGUCUCGAUAAAAUUAAUUUGUAUGGAAAAAGUGUGAAGCUCGUCAAAGUUCGGCCUUUGGCCGAGGAGAGGUGGGACGAGCGGUCUUUGGAUCCUGUGAAGAAAGUCGAUCAGAGUAUCGAUGACUUCUUUGAUAGCUUCGCUUUGAGGAUUAGUCUGCCGAAGGGAAACAACAAACGGGAGAUUAAUCAGAUCGAAGUAAUGUAUGAAGAUAGAGGGGCUGUUGAAGGAAGAGGAGGGAAAGGCGGUGGUGGUAAGGGCGGCGGCAAAGGUGGUGGUUGCAAGAAAAUGAUGAUGUGUAUGCUUAUGGCGGCCAAAAUGAAAAUGAUGGGAAUGAUUGGAUUAAUGUCCAUGAAGGGACUGAUGAUGGCCGGCAUAUCAAUGAUGAUGACAAAAGCGAUGUUAUUGAUGCAAAUAAUGAGUAAGAAAGGAGGUGGAGGAGGCGGCGGAUACGGAGGUGGUGGAUAUGGAGGCGGUGGGGGUGGUGGACAAUUAAAGGAGAUCGUGCUUUUGACGAAAGCCAGUGGUGGAGGGGGUGGAGGAUGUGGAGGAGGAGGAGGAGGAGGAGGCGGUGGAUGUGGUGGUGGAUCACCACCACCCCCAUCAUCAAGCUAUGGAGCACCGCCACCGUCAAGCUACGGAGCACCACCGCCGACUGGCGGUGGAGGAGGGGGAGGCGGAUAUGAUUUUAACUCACAGGGUGGUGGUGGUGGUGGUGGCUGGGGACGUAGCUUCGGCAAUGGAAUAUCUAUGACAUCAACUACCAAACAAUUAUCGAAUCGUCCUUCACAGAUCGUUAACACGUCGGGCAUCACCGGUCAACCUGAGAAUCAGGAAAAGUUUAUUGGUCAUAAUUGGAUUACGAAUUAUCAGCCAGAGGGGGAGCGAAUUGGUGAGGUUGUGGAGAUCUCGGAAAGUACAAAAGCUAAUGAUGAGGAUGGAAACAAACGGGUGAAUCGAAAGAGGAAUUUUGAUGGCGAUACUGGCGACAAUAGAAUCAGUGGACCGGCAGUUGUUUAUGCUGACAAUUGGCAGAAUUACGAAGCUGCUGAUCGUAUUUGGGAUGCUGUCAGUCCAAUUGUUGCGUCCAGAAUUGUACCAUUGGCCAAAAAAAUUGAGUGAAUUGUAAUUCAAUAUUGUUAUACUGUAGUUGACAUAUAUUUUACG